AUGAAUAUUAUAGUGACAUUUUGUUCUUGUCUACUUUUAUUAGCAGUUCAACUAUCCUAUUAUUCUGUAUCUCCUUCACUUUCUCCUUCCAGACCAAUUGUUAGCAUCCCACUAUAUCACAAGAGAAUGCUCAAUAACACCCACAUGAACAACUCUAGAGGAAAUCAACAUCCUAACACAGAAGCCAUAACAGAUAUAUAUCCAAUAAAUGAUGCAUAUGCAAUGUUCUUAUGGAUUGGUACUCCAGUACAAAUUGUAUUUGUUAUGGUAGAUAUAGGAAGCCCAAUUUCAUGGUCACAAUGUGACCCUUGUAAUAGUUGUUACCCUAUGCAACGUCCACCCUUUAAUACUAGAGCAUCAAGUACCUUUAAAGAACUUGGUUGCUACUCAGAUACAUGUUUGAUUCCAAUGAUGAGGGAUGUUUUUGGUAACUGCACUGGAUGGACAUGUAGAUACAAUGUGAAAUAUGGUACUAGGGGUCAAUCUCAUUCCUUAGGUGAAAUGGUGAUUGAUACACUUACCUUUGAACAUUCCAAUACAGAGGUUAAGAAUUUCAUCUUUGGUUGUGGAGAUUCAUAUGAGGGUCCAUUUAAGACUCAAUUCUCAGGUGUUCUUGGUUUAGGACGCGGUCCACUUUCGGUUCAAAGUCAACUCAAUGCAAAGGCAUUUUCUUUUUGUCCUGUAAGUCAAGGAUCACAGAAACCUUCACCUCUUGAGUUUUAUGAAACUCCACCUGAAAUGAACCAACAUGGUGAUGACAGUUCAAUUAUGGUUGCCCUGACAGAGAACAGUGCAUACCCUUUUUAUUAUUUUUUGCAAUUUGUUGGUAUAAGUAUUAAUGGGUUUAUGUUGGAUAUUCAAUCUAGAGUUUGGGGUUAUGGCUUGAACUAUGAUGGUGGGGUUAUUGUAGAUAUUGGAACAGUGCUAACUUAUUUACCAAGUGAUGCUUAUAGUGUGUUCAGAUCAGAGAUACUUAAAACAGAUCAUAACCUUACAAAGAGGCCAGGAUAUGAGGGGUUAGAGUUUUGUUAUGAAGAUGAUUCAUCUAAUGUAUUUCCAACUAUUGAACUUUUCUUUGCAAAUGGUAAUAUUGCAGGUGAAAAUUUUGUGUCUUACAACUUGAACAACAAUCAGUUACUUUUCAAAGUAGAAGACACUGUUUGUCUAUCAUUUGCUGAAGGAAAAAGCUCUGCUCUCACAGUGAUUGGUAGUAACCAACUCCAAGGAACUUUACUGACAUAUGAUCUUGUCAAUGAGAUCCUUGGUCUUAAAUUUAAUAACUGUUAG